AUGACGGAUUAUAAAAGGUCAAGUCAAUCUGCACAAGACCAGUACUGCGGUCAGCCUAUUGUCGUCAACGACUACUUUGCUAUUCCUGUAAAUCACUCUAAUCACAACCUUGCAACCUUUUUACAAUCGACCAAUGCUACCUCCUCUAUAGCAGCAGCUGCUGCCGCUGCCACUGCUGCGGUAGCACAAUCAUUUCCUCUUAAUCAAGGUAUCAUUCCUGGCAUGCCCUGUAAUUGGAUUCCUACCUCUAUUCACAAUUCAAUUCCUAGCACUGAUACAACUUCAACUUCAGAUGCUGCAUUGAAAAGGGGACCGGAAAAUGAUGUCAGAGUUUACCGAGUCUGGCCCGAACCUCCAGAUUUAACUUCGCCAUCUAUCUCCACCUCAUCGUCAUCUUCUGCAUCUCUAUCAACUGUUCCUGACGACUCGCUGCAUUCACUUGCGAGGGAAAUUGGGAUUUCUUCUUUACCUUCGUCACUCCCGGCUUCUUCAAGUAUCAUGUCACCUUUGUCACCAUGUUUUCAAUUUAAUGCCUCCAUCGGUACUUCCGCAUUUUACUACACUCCUUCGCGUGAUGGAAUUGGCGAAUCCACUUUGAACUUCGAGUCUUUAUUACAAGAAGAUGAGACGAUACUGUUGUCCUGUACUGGUGCAGCUUCUGAUGGUUUAAUCUCUCCUUGUGAGGAACAGAUUUUUAUUGAAGAUAUUCCAAAUACCAUUGCUAAUGCCGCUAGCAGUCCUUCAUCUCGUCGAAGCUCACUUCUACUUCAAAGCGCUUCUAUUUCACAAACUCUUGACAUUGCUCAACAACAGUAUUUUACAUUAUCUUCACCUCAAAUUGGAAAUCAAGAAUUGUUAGCACCUUUUGAGGAAGAGAGUGAUAACGAUGUUACAACAGCUCACAAUUCGGAUAACAAUUUUAGUAACGAGAUUGAUAUUGACGAAUCUUCUCAUAACGUUGAUGAAGCCUGUUCCACUCCUCAGUCAAUGGAGUUUUCUCAUAUCAAACCAUUUUCUUCCACUGAACCUGUCUCCGAGUCUCGAGCACAAUCUACAUUGGUUGCAGCUUCUGUUGCCCUUGCAGUUGACAUUCCUCUGUCUCCUACCGAUACUUCGUUUGGUAUCAUAGACCUACAGAACGUUCCUUCCCCGCUGUCACCUUUGACACCAGGAGUUGUUCUCCCGUUGAACCAAGAACUGACUUCACCUUUGUCAUCUUCACCAUCUCCAUUUACUGGUAACUCGUACGACAAAAAUGAUAAUGAUAGCGAUUACCUAGCAAGUGGUCAGAGGAACAUUCAAGAGUUUUCUACCUUUUCUCUCCCCGGACAUGUAACAAACUCGGUAAUGAAGGCAAUGUCGAAAGCAAAAUCCCCAACUGUAUCAUCGUUCAGGCUCCAGACUAAUUCAAAGGGUAAACUGGUGAAUUCUAAAACACCAAUCUCCCUUAAAGGCGACAGAAGCCUUUCUCUGACAUACGAUUCGCUAUCACAAUCAAAAUUUCCACCAACUAUCGUAAAAUCUAAAUCAACAUCAAGCAUCCGACGUCCUCGGGCUUCAUUGCCAGGACCUAUUCCUGCUACCAUUCCAACAUUCGUCAAAAAGGAUGAGUCUGGUACUGAUUGGAUUUCAUUCCAGUAUUCACGCAAGCGAGUCAGAUCAACAUAUUGUAUCAGAUGUGACGUCGAGUCGGUAGAUAUUUCUAAACUGGACCCACAAUUUAAAGCUGACAACUGUAUCUAUCCGCGGGCAGCAGUGCCACCUGAAGAGUACAGAGGUAACCGUCAGAAGUAUGAGUCUGAAUGCAACUGCAUUGGUUGGUGUUUAGCAUACUUGAAUCCUGAAUUGGUUAAUCGACGUGGUUUGAUCCAAAGAGCAGUUGAUUCAUGGAGGAAUACUAAUUCCGAUCCUACUCUUCGAUCUCGUCGAGUCCGUAAAAUGACUAAUAGGGAGGAUGACCCAGCCGACGAAGAUAAGAAACCCAUCAAGUCUUUGGGAUCCUAG